AUGGCGGCCUACCGACUGCUCAUCGACGUGCUGCACCGCGUUCCACGCUUCACUUUCACGCUACAACCUGCCUCAAAUACGUUCUCGCUUCAGUACAACAGCCAGUACAUGCAGCGGGCGAACAGGACAGCAGUAAAAAAAAUUUUUUUUUUCGAAUUUAAGGCGCUGCUGCUGUUUGUUGCUGUAAUAUUGUUGCUUGGUGCGACAUUGCUGUUGACCAUUGUCAUCACGUGGAUUUGCCAGUGCUGCAGUAAGCAAAGCGCAAGCGUCAAAUCCAGACGGCGAGUACGUCAGCUCUCGCUCGUUUUGUUCAUCAUCAGUGUCAUUUGCUUCUUGUGCCUUGGGAUAUGUUUAUUUGGAAAUGAGCAUCUGAAUCGUAGCAUAACGAAUUCAGUCAUUGCCGCCGACGACAUAUCACGGAAUUUACUGUUUGCCGAGUCGCAGUGCAAUUCGCUGAACAAAACUCGUAUAAAUUCUAUGAAGCUUGUGGACACACUGUCAACGGCAGUCGAAAACGCUGUGGAACGAACAACUGGCAUCAACAAAACUGCUUUGCAUGAACUGGAAACCAUGCUGGACUCACUUUCACAAAAGAUCGAUUUGUUGGGUUCCAGUUUGGCUGUUAUCAAGUCACCGUUAUCAAAAAACUCAUUUAUCGAACAAAGUACUCUCUACACACAACGAAUUGAACUGGAAAGAUGGGUGUUGUGUGCAACAUUGCUCUCGAUCAUGCUUGUGGUACUUUUUGCCGGUGUGAUAGGAUUUUGUCGACAGUCCAAGAAAGGUGCUGUAAUUUUUUCCGGACUCGGUUUUGCGAUCUUCAUCGUUGGAUGGUUGCUGCUAGCUAUCAUACUUCCAGCCUGUAUGGCAUUGGCGGAUUUUUGCGCAGGUGGCACCCAGUUCAUUCGACAGCAUUUGCCAAACGAAACGAUGGAUUUGUUUGAGUUUUAUCGAAAAUGUGACCCUGUACCGAGUCAUAGCAACGUUCCGGCUGAUCUGCAAAUGGAUAAAUUAAGCCGACAGCUGUCCGAUAUACAAGCAAUUGAGCAGCAGAAGCUCGUUGCUCAAAUUGGUGUUUUGUUCAAUCAUAGCCAGGAAGCGGACGAGGUGUCUUUCUCUGCGGCAGCAGGUGUGGAUCCCAAAUAUCCAGAUAAUUUUCAGUUAUCCGAGCAAGUUCAUUUAAUCAACAAUGACCUAACGCAUUCGUUGAAAACCGUUGGAGCGCUUGAAACAACUCUUGCAUGCUACACAUAUCAUAACGAUGUGGUAGUGAUGGAGCGUGGCUUCUGUCAGGAUGGAAUAAUCGGAGCUUCGAUUUUGCUCUAUUGUUUGAUUUUGCUCGAAAUAUUCCUAUUCGCACUUUUAUUGAUUGUAUCCAAAAGCUGGCAUCUGUUCGCCCGACUGCCGUCAGAUUACGUAGAAGUUGAUGAAGAAGAUCCUUUUUUCCCGCGUGGCAAUGACAGCAACAUUCCAGUAGACAUCUAUGGCAGCCACGUUUUAAAUCCACGCACACGUUUCGUCAAUUCCUUGUAUGUUGCUUCCAUUGUUUUUUAG